AUGGACAUCCUACUCCCGUCCGACAAACUCCNUUUCGCUGCCCACAGAAACGGUCAUUCAAGCAGUAGGACGGGGCCUGAAAGUACUAGUCCAUCCGGGGCUCUGCCUGCUGCAGGAGUAGAUAAAUCGGCCGGUCGGCGACGCAUAAGGGAGGACCAGCAUGAGAAAGAAUCUUCCAGUAGUGGUCUGAUUGACUUCAGUUCAUCAACCGGAUCCACUACGAGUGAUCAUCUGGUUCUAUCCCAGCCGGACGGACUUGCUGCUGCCUCUCCGACUAGCGAAGACCGAAAAAAUGUGGCUGAAUUUGAGCGGGCAGAAGACCAAGAGCAACAAGAACACCAACAGCAGCAGCAGCAACAACAACAGCAAGUAUGGCUUCCAAAACAUCUACAAACAAAAUGA